CGAUGGUCGCGAAAGCGUCACAACCAGACCACAACACAUCAUGCGGAGGAUGGCGGAGGGGAUACAGCCUGUCAAGGAAGAGAGCUCCUGGAUAUUAAGCUGGCUUCCCUCUUGGUGCCCCACAUCUCCCUCUCAGCUGAAACAUGCAGAAGAACAAAUGCUCAAAAGUGUGAGGCAGCCUUUCUCCAGGCAGCAUGUCCAGGUAUCCAAUAGCAACUACCUGUGGACUUUAGCUUUUUCCACUCAGCCACCACCGUGCUCUCCCCCUCGUCUCUCUGCCCCAACCAGACCUCCUCUGGUUCUGCUGCAUGGCUUCGGAGGAGGAGUUGCCCUUUGGGCCCAAAACUUGGACUCUCUGUCCAGCAGUGGACCGGUCUACGCUCUAGACUUGUUGGGUUUCGGCAGAAGCAGCCGCCCGCAGUUCAGCACUGACCCGGAGGGGGCUGAGGAGCAGUUCCUGACAGCCAUGGAGGAGUGGAGAGAGAAGGUGGGACUGGAGGAAAUGGUGCUGCUGGGACACAACCUCGGAGGAUACCUCUCUGCUGCAUACACACUCAAAUACCCGCACAGGAUAAAACAUCUGCUGCUGGUGGAGCCGUGGGGCUUCCCAGCUCGCCCGGAGAACCCCAACCACAACUCCAUCCCGGUGUGGAUCAGAGCUAUGGGGGCCGUCAUGAGCCCCUUCAACCCUCUGGCUGGACUCAGACUGGCUGGGCCUCUAGGUCCAAUGCUACUUCAGACAAUCAGGUCGGACUUUAAGCAGAAAUACUCUUCUGUGUUUGACGACAGCACAGUGCCUGACUACAUAUACCAUCUCAAUGCCCAGACUCCAAGUGGAGAAACAGCCUUUAAAAACAUGACCAUCCCCUACGGCUGGGCUAAGAGGCCCAUGCUCCAGAGGAUUGGUCAGAUCCAGGCUGAUAUCCCCAUUUCCUUCAUCUACGGAUCACGCUCCAGCAUUGACAGUGACUCUGGCUAUGCGUUCAAGAUGACGAGACCAGAGGUGGAAAUCACAGUGAUCAGAGGAGCAGGCCAUUAUGUCUUUGCUGACCAACCUGAGGACUUCAACCAAACAGUCCUUCAGAUCCUCGCCAGAACGGAGAAGAAAACAGAAGACGAGGGGACGAUUUAACAAGCGCCCCCUUUAGGAGAGAAAAGUAUUUUACCAACCCAAACUACAGCCACAACAAUUUAACUGUAAGCCUCUUUGACAUGCACUUUACUCUAAAAGAAACAUAUCACUGACCACCGAGGAAAUGUUACUUAUUCCUAAGUCUAACAAUCUAGGGUAAGAUAAGCUUUUAUAAGAUUUCUUUAUCCAGCCUCUUGUAAUGAAAAGUUGUAAAUACAUUUUAAAUGCUUCUGUCUUACUUCAUAGUUAUUUUUGUCAUUAUGUUGCUUGAGUUAUAAGAAAAAGAUGGCAUCCAACUGGAAUUAUACAUUCUUAGUAACUAUUGGGAAAAGCUUGUCUGUGAAAACAGAGUUCAUCUUUCAAGGGAAUACCAUGUUUUUGGGUGGAGGUCUAUGAAAAUUGCACAGAAUGUUCUUUUUCUGACCCCUCGCCCACUCUGUGAGAGAUAUGAGAGGGAAAUUAGUAGGGCAAAGGGCUGUUGUGUUUUUUUUUUUUUUCUGGUGACUUCCUUACUUUGCCCGAGAAGUGUGACUGAGCGCGUCCAGCAGAUGGCAGCACAGUAACAGAAUGUGUAUAUAAUCUCUCCUCUCCUUCGCAGAGUGGUAACAGUGAGUCCCAUACAAAACGGCCUCACAUGCAUAUUGAGUUGGGUGACCUACUCAGGAGACCUGGACAGUGAUGCUUUAAGAGCAGUACGACUCUUCUGCUCACUGCUAUGUCCCAACUGCAGUGACAGAAUAGGGUCAGAGAUGUGUGUGUGGGACUAAAAAUAGGCCUUCUGUUCCAAGGGGCUACGUGAGAUGAAACAAAAUGGUCCUUUACUAUGAGGUGUUAAUUUGUGUAUCGGUGAGCUUUUAAAAAUAACUUUUCCAUAGAAAGCAUCAUUUAACUGGAUGAUUGUCUUUGCACUGUAUGGUUGUUAGUUGCAUCUACAAGCUUCAUGGACCAAAUUCAGGUUCACGUUAGAUCAUUUUUAAGGUUUUUACAGAAUAAUUCUCCAUUCGUAUUUCUCAUAUUUAAUCCUUUUUUAAAUGAAAGGUCACCUAUUACAUAAAAAAAAACAGUUAACCACAGUUUUCAAACACUAAUA